AUGUACCCAUCGCGGGUGGGCCUCGCGAAGCGUGCGGGCCUCGGCGAGGAGCGCAUUUGCCAACGGUGCGAGAAGCCCGGGCAUGCGAUCUAUGAAUGCAAGAAUCCCCGGCCCUACAAAACACGGCCCACGCGUGCCCAAGUGCUGGCGAACCCCAAGCUCGAGGCGAAAUGGAAGCCUAAAGAGGCGCCACUGGAAGACGUGCGCCGCCCCGGCACAGCCGACGAUAUACUCGCAGAGCGCGAACGCGAACGCGCACCACGGCGUUCGCGGAGCCCGGACGUGAGCGACUACGACUCGGAUGCAUCGAGCAGUCAUCCCCCCUCGUGCAAAGGCGAAGAGACUAACGAAUCUAUGCUAGAUCCGGUGGGCCUUUACGGACCCGUUCGUGGCGUCGCAGCGCAGCGCAAGACGGGCCCGUCAGGUCCGUCCUCUGGCGCAGGACCCUCGGGUGAUAAGGAAGGCACAGAGGGCACAGUAACCCCCACCUCGCCUGUAUCGCAGCGUGCAUCGGGUGCACAGCCGGCAGAGGAUGCACCGCGCCAGCAGGACCCCAAGUCUGCCAAGUCCGCCGCCGCCGCCGCCGCCAAGCGCGAGCGCCUCGAAUGGGAGCGUACGCGUGGCGCAGGCAGCAGCGUGCUGCUGUGGUACGAGGAUGUGCGAGUGAAUAAUCCUUCAGAACUCGAUCAUUUCGGCUGGACUGCACCAGAAGUCGUGCCUCCGCUUCCCAAAGUCUUGGCACGCAGCGCGGAGCCGGUAGAAGUGGUCGGAAUGGACCGCUUGCUUGAUUGGGGUAUUUGCGACUACACCAUGCUGCCUCGCACACUGGGACGCGGCCGCUUCUCCACCGUGUACCUCGCGCUGAAGAACGGAGAAAAGUUUGCCGUGAAACACACGCCGCUCUUUCCCCACCACGAGCUGGUGGCUACGCGCCUGCUUCGCGAGCCGACGCUCCUUGCCGAGCUUCCCCCGCAUCCUAACCUAGUCAAAGUCGUGGAGACGAUCCGUACGCCCGGUCACUUCUACCUCGUGGAAGAGUUCCUCGAGGGAUACGUUACGCUCGAGGCGCUGAUUCCCCGCUUGAGCUCGACCAAGCCGCCGAAGGCGCCGGUCCUGCCGCUCGCUGCUGCGGAAAAGAUUUUUUCACAGCUGGUCCUUGUCCUCCAUGCCAUCCACUGGCCGCUGCGCGUGUGCCAUCGCGACGUAAAGCCGGAAAAUGUGCUGGUGCACCCGGAAACGCUACAUCUCAAACUGCUCGACUUUGGCCUGGCGACUCACUUUAGCAAGAGCCGAGCCAAGUUGACGACGUGCUGUGGAUCGCCAGCCUUUCACUGCCCUGAAAUUGUGACAGCUCUGACGCAACCUCCGGGUUCGGUCUCCUACUGGGGUCCGGAGGUGGACGCAUGGACGUGCGGUGUGACGCUGCUGCGAUGCCUUUCUGGCAUCCGAUACCCCCUCGGCACAUCGCACGCCACGCCGCAGGCGAUGGCGAGCCGCGCUAAGCGUGUCCUCCAGACGCUGCCAGCCCACCCUUUGCGCGACCAAAUCGCCCGUCUGCUGGACCUGAAUGGCGAAAAACGUAUGAAAAACUUCCAGGAUAUCGCGCAGCACUACCUUGCUCUGCAGACCGAGCCGACUGCGCCCAUCCGGCGCGAGUUGAAGAGCACGUCGUUCGUGCCAAACAUGCCGCAGCAUUCGAUGAUGCUGCCGCUCGUGCUGAAGAGCGAUCCGGCAGUCCAGACGCCGCCUGGCGCGGUGCAGGACGUGCCGACUGACGGCGCGGGCGCGCCAGCCUACACAAAGCUUACCCUACUCAACCCUACCAAGCUGCACAAUAUGCGCGUCUUGUCCUUUAUCAAAUACUGCUUCCGGUGCGCCGGCAUUCUUUAUCAUACACUCCCCGAGUCGGAUGAGCGGGCGACACAGCGUCUCCGUUGGCAGGCUGCGCUAGGUGGUUCGUCGGCAGGAUCCGUGCCGACGACGCCGUUUGGCGACCCCAACGUCACGAGCCGGGCGCUAGAGUGUGUCGUCGAGUUGACGCACGACGAGGCGCAGGGACCCUUUUCCUCGCUCGUCCAGUCAGUCCUCUCCAUGUUUGGCCAGAAGCCGAAGCCGGAGCCGCUGGUUAUUAUGCCGCCGCGCUCCUCCCAGACGCCAGGCACUGCGCUGCCUUCGCCCGGAAAAGACGAGGCGGUACGCCCGAGCAGCGGCCCGUCGGGUAAGCAGGGGCCCCUCAAGAUGCUUGUUUUUAAUGUAUGGGUCUCCUUUGCCCAGGGCGACGUACCCGACGCCGAUAUGAUUGUUCCUGAAGUGUUCCUACACGGCCCCCACGACGAAGCUCCAUCGCAGUUCCCUUCGCAUGCCCCCAAAAGCCACAAACCCCACGCGCACUUUGCUGAAGAGCCUGGGCUCCAUAUCGAUACGCGCCCUGAACGCCUACCCCAGCCGGUAUCGACUCCUUCCUCCCCCAUCACCCGUAUCCAAUCGCCUUCGGCGACGCGUCGCGGCUCCCGCCGUGGCACGUCGCGCCCGAACGCAGUCCACGUCUACAUUUCCGACCCCCGCGCCGUGCCGUACGUGCGUGGCGCGCUGAGCAAUGGUGGCGUGCACAAACCCGAAGUCGUGCCUGGCGAGCCGCGCCGCCCGAGUUCUGAUCGCGGCCUGGCGCACCUGCGCAACGCGCCGAUCUCGAGUCCGUUCCGCUCGGGCGCGACGACGCCGGGUGGUGACGAGAGCAUGGCGACUGAGUCCUUUAGUGCCGACGAGCUCGUGGCCUCGCUCGAUGCAAUCGAGGGCGCAUGUCGUGCGACGCUCCUGCUGCGCACGCGCGAAUCGGAUGCUACGGGCAGCGCGCGCUCUGCCGAGAGCUCGACGGCGCGUGCGCGUGCGCACCGUCUCUACCGCCUGGUCUUCCGCCUCUUCACGCAGCUCGAAUCGACACUGAGCAAUGCCGUACACUGUGACGCGCUGCGUGGGCAGAUGGCCGAGCUGAAUUUCCGUGCGCUCGACGUACUCUCGCCUGCGCUAUCGCUUGUGGGCGAGGACGAUUCGCUGCCGAGCAACGAGGUGCAUAUGGAGGCAAACUUUGGAGCCGAGAGUGGCGAGGAGCGUGCUGCCAGCACCGGCAGUCUCUCGCUCGCGGUCCUUGAGCUCUUUGCGCGGAACAGUAGCGCGAAAGAGAUGUGCCUCGGCAUCCAAGAGCAGAUCGAGCGCCUGAGCACCGCAUGCCAGUCGCGCAACACGUCGCCUGUCCAAGGCGAGAGCGAGGACGACUGUGUGGCGCCGUUGAUGCGCAACGAGGCGAUGCUUGUCCAAGCAAUCUUUGGCCUGCUUCAGCUCCUCUCGGUCGUCUUCCCCGAGAUCGAGACGCGCAAGCCCAAGGCGGUCCUCGAACCUAUUGUGUCGCUGCUUUACCCCCGCCUCUUUUGCAAGGUGCUGCCCUUCUCCCUGGGCAGGAUCGACGAUGCGGAUACCCAGGAAGAGCUCGCAACGCAGGCAGUCAUGCUCCUGUGCGAGAUCAUUGUGAGCAUCCGCGCCUUUUGCAAGCACCACAAGCGCGGACACGAGGACGAGCUUGCAGAGCUCCCCGACCUUGGCAACGUGCUCAUCGACUCGCUCGCCUCCCUUUUGCCUGUGCUGCCGCAUACAGGCAAUGGUCCGUCGAUGGACAGCGACGCGCGUCUUUUGUCGCUGUCGUUGUACGAUGCGCAGCAAGCCGACGAGGGCAGCACGCAGAAUGUCUCGGAGCGCGUCACCGUCUGGAAUGUGGUGCGCAAGACCUACGACCAGCUCGACCUCGACCUCGGCGAGCGGUGCCUGGGCGCGCCGCUGAAUACCAAAAGGACGGUAGAGCUGGAAGAAGAGACGGCACGGCACGCGCUCGAGCUGCUCGUGCAGCAGCUUGCCUACGAGACGUUCAUGGCCCAUGUUAAAGGGCGUGCGCGCGACCGCCUCCAGUGCCGCACGCAGUACCGCAUAUACCUUGGCGAGCCGCUGCGCUGGAACGCCGACAUUGCGCGCGAAAUGCUCCACCGCCUCGGCAGCGUUUUGCCCGCGGUGCUCCUCCCCGGCCUGAGCCUCGCGUACAUCCCGCCGAGCCCCGAGACGAUGAAGCGGACACAAGACGUGCAAGAGACUGAUGCGAUCCUUGCCUUUGUCUUUUGGUCGCUCAAUGCGCUCGACCGCUCCAAGCCCGCGGCGCUCGACGAAGAGUGUGCGACGUACGUGGUGCGUGCGCUUGCGCUCCUCGCCACCUUUUCGCCCGUGCCCCGCCUGCGCCACGUCGCCUUCUCUCUGGUGACGCGCAUUGUGCGAGACUAUACGCCGGUAGAAGCCGCGCUGCGUCUCAUGCACGAGAUGCUCGUAAGUGAGACGCCGUCGCCGCUGCGUGCGAGUGGCGUCAACUUGUUGCGUGAAAUGUGUCGCGCACACAUUGAGCGCCUCGAGGAGGCGCGUGCUGUGGAUGCCAGCAGCGACCCGCUGCUUUCGCAAGGCCGCCUGUGGCACAUGCUGCACGACGUCGUCUUUGUCUUCCCCGACGCCCCCCAGCCCGACCGCGAGCGCGAGACAGCGCCCGGCGAGCUGGCGGCGUACUUGUCGCAGUACGACUCGUACCUGCUCGAGUGCUGUACGCUGUACUACUUUGUCCGCACGCGCGAUGUGCAAAACUACACCGGCCUUACCGAGCCGCUGCUCGCCGGGCGCAUCCAGGAGCGCUUUGUCGACCCGCUUACCGCGUGGGUCGCCGCCUGGGAAGCCCACGGUGACCUACCCCCCGAACUCUUCACUCAGCUCCGGCUGCUCGGCAGCAGUCUUGAGCGGUUGAACACCACAGACAAGGAGAAACACGAAGCUCCAUAG